GCUAUUCUGUUUUUCUGUCGUUACUUUGAGUUUUAAAAAUAACGCGUGUAACAACGCCAUGGUCUUCAAUCCGUGAGCCAGUCAAGGUUGAUAUGAGUGAGCAAGCAGAUCAAAACCUUUCAUGGGCAAAGGUUAUCCAUGUCCGUCCUAUCCCAACUCAACUGUCUAAUGAAGAGGAUGACUGCAAGAGCAGCAGCACCUUUGAUGUAGAGAACUGCGGUGACUGCUACAUCAGUGAUGUGUCCAGCUGCAUUGAGCUUGAGUUGGACCUUAAGGAGAGUAGGUGUGACAGUGCCCUGAUGACCGACCCUGCUGUCCCGAACUAUCUUGUUCCUCCUCCCUCCGUCAUGUUGGACCUUAAGGAGAGCAGUAUCCCUGCCCUGAGGACCGACCCUGCUGUUGACCUUGGAGACGCCUUUGACCUCUUUGAGACUGAGGAUGAGGAGGAGACCAGCACCAGCAGCACCAGCAGCAGCAGCAGUAGCACCAGCGGUGGCUCAUCUGGAUCUGUGGCCGCCUGCGCCCUGUCCAGCUCCUCCAGCAACAGUGAGGAUGCCCGCAAGAGCAGCACCAGCACCAUUAUAAUUGAGAGAGGAAAUUGUGGUGACUGCUACCUCAGCGAUGUGUCCAGCUGCAGUGAGCUUGAGUUGGACCUUAAGGAGAGCAGGUGUGUAAGUGCCCUGAGGACCGACCCUGCUGUCCAGAACUCUGGACUUCUGGUCUCUCCCCCAGUCAUGGUAAAACACCUUCAUUUUUAUGUUUCUCUGUGGCAGGUAGGUGUGUGUGUGUGCAGUAUAUGCCUGUUUGUGUGCAUGUUUGUGUGUGUAUGUGUAUAUGUAUGCCUGUGUGGAUGUUUGUGUGUGUGUGUGUGUGUGUGUGUGUGUGUGUGUGUGUGCGUUUCAUUAUACAGUACAUGUGGUGUUUGUUUCUAAGCAUAGGGUGUCCUUGUGAAAUACUCUGUAUUCCUUCCCAUGAUAACCCACUAAUGAGAAAAAUUCUAUGUGAGUUUGUGUGUGCGUGUGUGUGUG